AUGAAAGAUAUUAAGAGCCAAACAUUAUCUGGAUUUAGUUCUAAUAUAUUGGUAUUCCUAUAUGUUUUAUCUUCAUUUAUUAUUGGAGCUCCAUUUCUAUUACCUACAGCAUUAAAGGAACUAUGGUUAAGAAAUAAUUCAUAUGGAUGGUUAUCUAAUUCAGAAAGGAUGAUGAUUUUCAAUAAUAUUUGUACACUUGGGGUUUCUUCAUUUUUAUUAUCAGGAAUUUUGGGUAGUUAUAGCAUAAAAUAUAUUAAUAAUAGGAGGACUGCUUUAUUAGGUACAAUUAUUUAUAUUUUAGGUUGGAUAUUUUGUUUUUUUUUCGAAAAAUACUUUUAUUAUGGUCCAUUUUUGGGAAUGAUUUUAUGGGGAGUAUCUACUCAAUUAUUAUCAUUAUCUAAAUCAUCAAUAUCAGCUUUUUACGAAUCUAGAAGACAUUUAGUUGUUGCAUUAGUUGGUGGUUCUAUAGCUCUAAACUUUAUAUAUACUCAAUUAAUUGAAUUAAUUACUCGUAUUUUUGCUAACCAAGAUAACUUAAUACCUGGUUUAACUAUAGUUCAAUUUGUGAUAUUAUUGAAUUGUGUCCUAUCAACAUUAUGGCUUAUUAUGUUUUAUUAUAUAAUUCCUGAAGUACCCUUUGUAACUCCAGAAAUUGAUUACUGUAAAAAGGUGUAUAAAUCUUCAUUAUAUAAAAGUGAAGAAGAUUUGGAAAGUACUAUGUGUAUUUAUAAGAAGACUCCAAUAAUUGAGAUUAAUAGAUGCAAAUAUUCUAUCCCGAAAUUAUGGACAUUACCAUUAAAGGAGCAAUUGUUUUCAUUCCUUACUAUUUCUUUUAUAUUUAUAUAUUCUAUAAUGUGGUUUCUACGUUUAUAUUUUACAAUUAAUAUGAAGUCAAUGAUUAUAAAUCAGACUAAUGGUAAUAUAGAAUAUACAGAUUUUAUCAAUAAUAUAUUUGGAUAUUUAUUAGGUUUUGCAUUUUUGGCUGCAAUAUUAACAGGUAUGAUUGUAGACUUUGUGGGAAUUUUCGUAUUUUUGAUUUUAUUUAGUGUGUCAUCUUUGGUUAUUUUAUUGGUAUUUUCGACCCUAAUUCCUUUUAAUUUAUAUUUGCAUUUACUAGGUCUAGUAAUGUGUAUUUUUUGUUAUUCCUACUUUAUAGGAUGCCCUUAUAGCUUCUUUACGUCUACAUAUGGUUAUACCCAUCUAAAUACAUUGCAAGGAGUAUCAUCUACUAUUGCAGGGGUAUUUGUUUUAGGCUACAGCUUUUUAGAUCCUUACAUUCAGCUAAAUCUAGGAAAUUUGCAUUAUAUUACACUUGACGCUAUUUUAUUAAAUAUAUUUAUAAUACUAUCUUCUGUUACUAUUGCAUUAUAUAUGGAAAGACUGAAGAGAACUUUUUCAAAUGCCUACAUUUCCUAUCAUAAUCAUUAA